AUGUUCGGACUCCUGUCUAUCAUUACCUUGGCUUGCAUCUUGAAACGAACCACCGCUGUUCCUGUGUGGGGCCAAUGUGAUAGCGGCACUACCUGUACAGUUCUCAAUGCCUACUACUACCAAUGCCUGCCAUCCUCUAAUGUACCCACUACUACAAUCCCUGCGUCUACCACAACAACGCAUGCACCUACCACCUCAACUUCUGGACCCGCUCCUUCGGGGACUGGUCUGAACGCGAAAUUUGUGGCAAAAGGCAAACACUACUGGGGUUCUUGUGCCGAUCAGAAUACUAUCAAUAUUGCGGCGAACUCAGCGCUUUUGAUUGCUGAUUUUGGCCAGGUGACACCCGAGAACUCCAUGAAGUGGGACGCAACCGAGCCCACCAGAGGAGUCUUUACUUUUUCUGGCGCGGACUUCCUGGUCAAUUGGGCUGUAGCUAAUAACAAAAUCGUUCGUGGACAUAACCUAGUAUGGCAUUCCCAGCUUCCUUCAUGGGUCUCCGCCAUUGGGGAUGCACCUACACUGACUUCUGUUAUUCAAAAUCACAUCGCUAAUGUUGCAGGGCGUUACGCGGGCAAACUUUAUGGUAUGUACCCAUUCAUUGAGAUCUUCAACGAGGACGGAACUCUGCGCUCAAGUGUCUUCUCCAACGUCCUCGGAGAAUCCUUCGUUACCAUCGCAUUUAAGGCUGCGAGAGCUGCCGAUCCCACGGCAAAAUUAUACAUCAACGAUUACAAUCUCGAUUCGAAUAACGCUAAAGUCCAAGGAUUGGUCGCUCUGGUGAAACGGGUUAACGCUAACGGACAGCUCAUUGACGGUAUUGGCACCCAAAUGCAUCUUUCAGCUGGAGGUGCGGGAGGUGCCCAAGCAGCUCUGGCGGCGCUUGCCUCAGCUGGUACAGAAGUGGCUAUCACCGAACUUGAUAUUGCAGGUGCUAGUCCUUCGGACUAUACUACCGUCACAAACGCCUGUCUUGCCCAACCCGCUUGCAUUGGUAUUACUAGUUGGGGAGUCAGUGAUGUUAACUCCUGGCGUGCCAGUUCCACCCCGCUAUUAUUUGAUACCAACUAUCAGCCAAAACCGGCUUACAAUUCAAUCAUCUCUGACCUAUCCUGAACGGUGUUGUACAUCAAUGGGAAAUUUGGCUGUUGUCCGUUUAUCAUAGGAUGCUUUGCAUGUCCGAUUCGUACAGUGGAGAUGUGAAUCGUCUGUGA